AUGUCGUUAUUGGUAGAUGCAGCACUCUCAAUCGAUGGUGUAGAUACAAUCAGUAAAGCUUUAAAACUUAUGAUACAGCGACAAGAAAGAGUAUUCCAGUAUACCUUUAGACGAUCUGAAGUCUUUAAUUACAAUAGAACUAAAGGUAUACCUUGUAUCAGUCCACCUAUUCCCUGGAUGCAUGGUAAAGAUAUAUAUGAAAGCAUUAAACGGGUAAAAUUUGAAGGAUUAACAGGAAACCUGGCGUUUGAUGAAAGAGGUUAUAGAAAAGAUUAUAGAUUAGAUGUUUUAACAGUGAGUUUAAAUAAUGGGCCUGAAAAGAUAGGAGAAUGGGAUAGUAAUACAGGAUUAAAAAGUGUAUAUGAUGAAGAAGAAGAUAGCGGUGAUACAUGGAAUUACACAAGAACCGAUUAUGAAAGAACUGUAGUUUCAAUUAUAUCUCCGCCAUUUUUGUAUCGCAAUAAUAAAACUGAUAAUGGUCGACCUCCAACAGGAAACGACAGGUAUGAAGGAUAUUGUAAAGACUUGGCGGAUGCAUUAGCUAGAGAACUUGGCUUGAGUUAUAGAAUGGUCAUUGUGAAAGAUAACAAGUAUGGUGUCGAAUUGGAAAACAAGUCGUGGAAUGGAAUAAUAGGCGAACUGAGAAGAGGGAGAGCAGAUUUAGCUGUUGCUCCAUUAACAAUAACUGCCGAGAGAGAGCGUGUGGUGGAUUUCUCCAAACCAUUUAUGAAUGUUGGAAUAAGUAUCAUGAUCAGAAAGCCAGAGAAGCAGAAACCAGGAGUGUUUAGUUUUAUGGAACCAUUUACUAUCAAUAUCUGGGCGUGUAUAACUAUUGCCUAUGUUUUAGUCAGUGUUAGUAUUUAUAUGGCCAGUCGAUUCAGUCCGUAUGAAUGGAGUACGGAGGAUUUAACCAGUGGACAUAUUUAUCAUAAUCAAUUUACACUACCUAAUGCUUUCUGGUUCUCUAUGGGUGCUCUCAUGUUACAGGGCAGCGACCACGUUUGUCCAAGAUCUACGGCAGGCAGGAUUAUAGGCGGUGCAUGGUGGUUCUUUGUUUUAAUAACAAUAUCGUCAUAUACAGCUAAUUUAGCUGCUUUUUUAACCAUUGAACGGAUGUUAACACCGAUAGAUUCAGCUGAUGCUUUAGCUAAACAGACUGAUAUUGCUUAUGGUACCGUCGAAGAUGGCUCUACUAAAUCAUUUUUUAAAAAAUCUAAAGUUACAACCUAUAAAAAUAUGUGGAAUUAUAUGUCGACGGCUUCUCCGCCAGUGUUCACCAAAUCUAUUCAAGAAGGCGUGGAAAGAGUGAGAAAUACCAAAGGAAAAUAUGCCUUUUUAUUAGAAUCUUCCAACAAUGAUUUUUAUAACAACAGAAAACCAUGUAAUACCAUGAGAGUUGGACCAAAUCUUGACCUUAAAGGGUUUGGAAUAGCGACGCCUUUAAAUUCUCAUUUGAAGGAAGCCAUCAAUUAUGUUGUUCUCAAGCUGAAAGAAGAUGGAACCUUACAUAAGUUACAACAGACAUGGUGGUUUGAAAAGGGCGAAUGUGGUACGAACCCUGGUCAUAGGGAAUCGAAGAAAAGAUCGUUAUCACUUAGUAAUGUUUCUGGUAUAUUUUAUAUAUUAAUCAGUGGUUUAGUGCUAGCUAUUAUAAUUGGUCUCAUAGAAAUAUAUUAUGGAAAACGACAUCCACCAAAAUUAGUGCAUUAUUCAUACAGUCGAAGAUGGCAAAAUUCGCGACCAAAUCUUGGCGUAACUUCUAGGGAACAUCAUAAUGGACUUUUUGUCGAGGCCAUGAUCAAAUGA